GAUUAUAAGGGAAGAUUUGAUGAUCUGUGCUUCACCUUGGUGGCUUUGAAAUCUGUAGGAAUGCGGAGAUGACUUUUGAUUCGAAUCAAUGUUUCCUUUUUGAGUUCAUCUGGUACAUGGGUGUGCUUAUACAAUUUUGCGUUAUGGAAAGCUUCAUCUGUUCUUUCUAUUAACAUUGAAAGUGAGUCAAUGUUAAGAGUCAAAAUGAGGUAGUUGGUUAAAGGUUUCUCUUCUUUACCAAAUGCUCAUCGGUGCUGCAACAAAGCCAAUGCAGCUAGCUGGUUCCAAAUUUCUUCAUGCUUUCCUAGCCCAUCCAAUCUCCCCAAUGGCCUUGCCGCCUUGGUGGGUUAUAUUGGGCCUUGGUGGGUUAUAUUGGGCUUUGGUAAGUCUGAUAUGGGCAGAGGAGUCCACCAAGUACAGCAGAAAUCCAUGGUCCAUGGGCUUGUAUACUGUAUGGAAAUUAUAAAGAUUCUGAAGGCGGAGACUAAUCAGCAAUACCUUAAGGCUUAAGGUCCCAAUCACAUCAUGAUGUUAGUUGACGAAUACGAUUCACUCACUCUCUCAAUCCCAAACAUUCAAAAUUGCACUGGGCGCACCCAAUUAUUCCCCACUGCAACCACUACGUCAUCAACCCCAAGACAAAUGCCUCCUCAGUCCUCCCCUCUCUCUCUAGUCUCUAUAGAGAAUAUUAGCCCAUCGGCUUCGUAGAGUUCAAAUCUUUCUCCCUCUUUCGCUCUCUCUCACCUUUCUGUUCUGAGAGAAUCUGACAAAUUGUUUCAGGGAUGAAGAAGCUUUAUCGCAAAGGGGCGGUUCAUCCAUCACCGCCAAACAAGCUCGACCAGCUGACCUUUCUACCUGCGGCGAUUCUGACCCUCGCGGCCGCUCUCUCGCCGGAGGAAAAGGAGGUCUUGGCGUAUCUUAUCUCAUGCUCCAACAGCUCCGGAAACAGCUUCUCAAACCAACAUCAACGCCAUCGCCUAAGCCACCAAAGUGGGUCUUCCUCUUCUUUUGCUAGAACCAAUACUACCGGCACCGGAAGCGCUGACCACCCGCCGUCGUUCAAGUGCGACUGUUUCAGAUGCUACAUGAGUUACUGGGCUAGGUGGGACUCCUCGCCGAACCGUCAGUUAAUCCAUGAAAUCAUCGAAGCUUUUGAGGAGUGGUUGGUUCAGAGUUCCAACUCCAGUAAAAAGAGCAGAAAAGACAGGAAGAAAAAGGGGAGUGAUAGUAAUAGUAAUAGGAAUAAGUCCAGUGAGUUGAAGCGGUCCGAGACGAGUCAGAAGAACGAGUUAAGCGAGUCUGACUUAGUGAUUGAAUCUAUCAGUAGCGGUGUUGAAGGAGGCGGCGGAAGUAAUAUUGGUGGUGAUGAAGGGGAAGGGGAAGGGGAAGAAAAAGGGUCUGUGAGGAAGCUGAUGAAUUUCAUCGGAGAGCGGAUAUGGGGUGUUUGGGGUUCAUCAAUCUGAAGGAAAAUCAAAAAGAAAAACAAAAUGUUGGUGGUUUAAUCUUAGUUUCUCUUCCAUAUAAUUUGGAACUUGUUUUUGCUCUCUUUUUUUUUUGUAAAUUACCCCUUUCUUAGUGAUAAUUGAAAGAUGGGUAGCUUAAUUUUGGAUCAAAAUCAUGGGUUGGUGUAGUUCUUCUUCAAAGUAAUCAUCCAUUUUGAUGUUACUCUUGAACCAAAAUGGGUUCU